CCGGGCACCAUGCCACAAAUUUUCUUGCAUUCGCAUUCAGCUCGCAAGUACAUAUCCAGCACGGAAAAGAUCAUAUUAUUAAUCAUUUAAAUCAUAUUCAAGAGCUACAGCUUUGGAAGAUCUAAAACUCCGUCCGUGGGCUAGUAGGUAGCAAAGGCAGAGAAGCUGUUGGAACGCUUGGUUAAUCGAUAUCGACAGAAUAGGAACCGAACGAGACUGAACCGGUACUAGUGCUUGUUAAUAGAAGAAACAUAAGCGAUGAGUUCAGCACGGCAGGUGAAUGACUCUUAUGCAUCGGAGGAUUUCAUACCAUUUGAACGACGACAACAGUCCCAUUCGUCGCCGGAUUUCAUACCAUUCCAACUAGAACAGCAGCCCCAUUCAUCACGGGACUGCAAACCAAACCAACGGCAGCAGCAGCCCCAAACAUCACAGGAACUCGUACCAGCCAAACGACAGCAGCAGCCCCAAACAUCGCGCCAUCCUACUCCAGCGGAUGAUCCUGGCAACGAGAAAUACUACAGCAUAACCGGGCCCCGCUUUUCCAACCGAAUGGUGCUGUACAUGGCCAAAUUUCUGCGCGGUCUGGUAGGGGAAAAGAAGAGCAUACGCUGUGUGCUGGCCGAAUAUGAGACGACCGACAGCAGUCAGCGCAAGGCGCGGGAAGCUUUACGCCGUCAGCUCAACACACUGCUGCUCGGCGUGUACGGGUUGCGCGAGGGCCGUACGCACCUGAACUAUCUGCGCCAUGAGAUGGACCUGUGCAUGAACGCCGAUCCCUGGAAGCAGGAAUUGCCACCCGAACGGCGGAACAAGAUCGACGAAGCGAUACGGUACCUGUUUACCGCGUACGACCACGGCGACUAUCAGACGCUUUGGAAGGAAUAUGAGCAACGGUGUAAGGCGAAUGAGCUGCAACGGCUAACCUACUACGAUCUGGGCAUACCACGCAUGAUCUUCAAACCGAAGCCGGACAAGAAUGGGAAGCAAAAGAAGAAACACAAGAAGUUGAACAACGUUGAUUCAAAUUAUACCAAAGGCAAGAAGAAGGAGCGCCGGCGAAAGGGUCGCAAAGGAAAGGGCGACUAUUCUGAUGAUGCUGGCAACAUGUGAUAAUCGUACUAAUGCUCCUAACUAUAAAUAUAUGUUAAAUAUAAGCGCAUUACUGAAAAAAAUACCCCAAAUUGCAUGUCUUUCUGUAAAGUAUGAUGAUCACGGUCGAUUUCAUCAUUCUAUUCCCCACCGAUGGU